CUUUCAUAAUAUGCCCAUCACAAGGAUGAGUCUUAGCCAAGCAUAAAAAUAGCUAUACAUAAAUUGUUCGUUUGACUAAAACAAUCAUGAAUUGUGGAUGUCCUAAUUUACCGUCAUUUGAGCCAUCACUAACUUCACUAUGUGGUGGUAUUCAAUUUUUAUUUUUUAUGGGGAUAGUUGAUGACUUUAUACGACGUCAGUGUGACCUUGAGGAUCCUUGCAAUCGAUUUCAACCACAAAAAUAUUUUGAUCCAGUAUACGAUUUCGUGGUAAUUGGUGGUGGAAGUGCUGGAGCAACAUUAGCUGGCAGACUUGCUGAUCUCAAAUUUUUUUCAGUACUUUUGAUCGAAGCAGGAUUGGAUGAACCUGCUGCUUCACAAGUACCAGCUCUUUUUAAAAAUUUUCUAAAAAGUGAUAUCGACUGGCAGUAUUAUACUGAACCAGAUAAAAAAUAUUGUCGUAAUCAAAAAGAAAGAAGAUGUUAUUGGCCACAAGGAAAAGUUCUUGGUGGAUCAGGAGCUAUAAAUGCAAUGAUUUAUAUGCGAGGUGCUAAACAAGAUUACGAUGAAUGGGCCCGCAUGGGAAAUCCAGGAUGGUCUUACGACGAUGUACUUCCUUAUUUUAUACGAAGUGAAAAUAAUCAGCAAAUUUAUAAUGUAGAUUAUGGCUACCAUGGCGUUGAUGGCCCUCUUAGUGUUUCACAGUUUCCAUCGAGGCCACCAAUAGCCCAGUCUAUUAUAGAGGCUGGCAAAGAACUUGGCUAUGAUUAUGUUGAUUUAAAUGGAAGAAAUCACACUGGUUUUUCAAUUAUCCAAGCAACAAUUAAAAAUGGACACAGACAAUCUCCAUCACGUGCAUUUUUACGUCCACUUCAUCAUCGUCGUCGAAAUUUGCUUCUCAUGUUGAAUUCCACAGUAACAAAAAUUCUUUUUGAUAAUGAAAAACGAGCAACUGCAGUAGAAUUUUAUCACGAUGGUUUAAUAAAACGCGUUGGAGUGAGAAAAGAAGUUAUCGUUAGUGCAGGUGCAAUUAAUUCUCCACAAAUUCUUUUAAACAGCGGGAUUGGUCCUGCUGAAGAAUUGGAUGCAAUUGGGGUACCAUUAAUUCAUCAUCUGCCUGGUGUUGGGUUAAAUCUUCAAGAUCAUGUCGGCUAUACCGUCAAUGCAUUUAUAAAUGAAACAGAUACUAAUAUUCUUAAUUUUGAUUCGGCUAUGGAGUAUCUUCUUUAUCGAGAUGGGCCUUUAUCUCAACCUGGACUUUUUCAAGUUAUGGCGAUGAUUAACACCAAGUAUGCAAACUUUACCGAAAACUACCCGGAUAUUCAGUUAAUAUUUGGUGGUUAUGAAGCUGAAUGUUCACAAUCUGGAUUAAUCAAUGAAGUCAAGACUAAAAAACGAACAAUUCAAAUUAUUGUAUUCGUCCUUCGACCAAAAAGUCAAGGUUAUUUGCGUCUAAGAAACAAUGAUCCACUUUCAAAGCCUUUGAUUUAUCCAAAUUAUUUUAAAGAUUCCGAGGAUGUUAAUGUGCUCAUUGAGGGUAUAAAAUUAGCUAUUCAAUUGAUAAGGACUGAGGCGCUUGCAAAAUAUGGUAUAGAGCUCGAUCAAAAACCUGUCAGAGGCUGCGGAAAAUUUGAGUUUGGCACUGAUUUGUAUUGGAAAUGUGCGAUAAGAAGAGACACUUCCUUGGGAUCGCAUCAACAAGGCACCUGUAAAAUGGGACCUAGUCAUGACUCGUUGAGUGUCGUUGACAAUCAACUACGUGUUCAUGGUCUUCAAAAUGUUCGUGUUGUUGAUACCAGUAUCAUACCAAAAUCAAUAUCAGGAAAUACAAUGGCCACAGCCAUUAUGAUCGGUGAAAAAGCCGCAGAGUUUAUUAAAUCAAUGUAUAUAGAAGUUGUGUUCAGCAAAUCAGGAACAUUUUAAAUCAUUAUUCAAAUAAAGAAAAUUUUAAACAAACAUAAAAAACAGAAAUUAAUUAUUUUUUUUUUAAAACUCUCGAAAUUGAAAUGUUAUUGACUUUGAUAAAAUUUUUUGCAAGUGUUAUUGGGCAAGAAAUAUAAAAUCGUUAUUUAAGAAUCAAAAAUUUUCUGAUUGUUUUAAUUGUGUUUUUCCAAGUUAUCAUAAAUAAUUAACUCUGGUUAUCUUGUAUGAUUAAAAAAAUCAAUAAAAACAGAUUAAAAAA